GCAGGGCGAGCAUCCUGUCUGGGGGAGGGGACGUGCGGAGGGAGCUCCCGUGGGGCGGACUGGAGAGCGCGGCGCGCCCGCCCGCUGCCAGCCCCUUCGGAGCCACCGCGCCCUGAGCCGCACGCCCCGGGGAUCGGCCGGCGCCAUGGACCGAGGCCGGGUGCUGGAGCAGCUGCUCCCCGAGCUCACGGGGCUGCUCAGCCUCCUGGACCAUGAGUACCUCAGCGACACCACCCUGGAGAAGAAGAUGGCCGUGGCUUCCAUCCUGCAGAGCCUGCAGCCCCUCCCAGCAAAAGAAGUGUCCUACCUGUAUGUGAACACAGCCGACCUCCACUCUGGGCCCAGCUUUGUGGAGUCCCUCUUUGAAGAAUUUGACUGUGACCUGAGCGAACUUCGGGACAUGCCAGAGGACGAUGGGGAUCCCGGCAAAGGAGCCAGCCCUGAGCCAGCCAAGAGCCCGUCUCCGAAACAUGCAGCCGACCUGCCCCCACCGCUCCCCAACAGGCCUCCACCGGAAGACUACUAUGAGGAGGCCCUUCCCCUGGGGCCAGGCAAGGCCCCGGAGUACAUCAGCUCCCACAAUGGCUGCAGCCCAGCGCACUCCAUUAUGGACGGCUACUAUGAGGACGCAGAUAGCAGCUACCCUGCAACCAGGAUGAACGGGGAGCUGAAGAACUCCUACAAUGACUCUGACGCGAUGAGCAGCUCCUAUGAGUCCUACGACGAGGAGGAGGAGGAAGGGAAGGGGCUGCAGCCCACACACCACUGGCCCUCAGAGGAGGCCUCCAUGCACCUGGUGAGGGACUGCAGGAUAUGUGCCUUCCUGCUGCGGAAAAAGCGCUUCGGGCAGUGGGCCAAGCAGCUGACCGUCGUCAAGGAGGACCAGCUCCUGUGUUACAAAAGCUCCAAGGACCGGCAGCCACAUCUCAGGCUGGCACUGGAUAUCUGCAACGUCAUCUACGUGCCCAAGGACAGCCGGCACAAGAGGCAUGAGCUGCGCUUCUCCCAGGGGGCUACUGAGGUCUUGGUGCUAGCGCUGCAGAGCCGGGAGCAGGCGGAGGAGUGGCUGAAGGUCAUCCGAGAGGUGAGCAAGCCCGUCAUAGGGGCCGAGGGGACGGACAUGCCCAGAUCCCCAGUCCUCCUGUGCAAACUGGACCUGGACAAGAGACUGUCCCAAGAGAAGCAGACCUCAGAUUCCGACAGCCUGGGCAUGGGCGACCACUGUUCUACCCUUGGCCGCCGGGAGACCUGUGAACAUGCAACAGGCAAAGGGAAGAAGAGCAGCCUGGCGGAGCUGAAGGGUUCGAUGAGCAGGGCUGCAGGCCGCAAGAUCACCCGCAUCAUCAGCUUCUCCAAGAGGAAGGCGCUGGCGGAUGACCUGCAAACGUCCUCCGCUGAGGAGGAGGUCCCGUGCUGUGGCUAUCUGAACGUGCUGGUGAACCAUGGCUGGAAGGAACGCUGGUGCCGCCUGAAGUGCAACACUCUGUAUUUCCACAAGGACCGCACAGACCUCAGGACCCACGUGAACGCCAUCGCCCUCCGAGGCUGUGAGGUGGUCCCAGGCUUUGGGCCCAGACACCCAUUCGCCUUCAGGAUCCUGCGCAAGCGGCAGGAGGUUGCCAUCUUGGAGGCAAGCUGCUCAGAGGACAUGGGCCGCUGGCUUGGGCUGCUGUUGGUGGAGAUGGGCUCCAAAGUCACCCCCGAGGCGCUGCACUAUGACUACGUGGACGUGGAGACCUUAACCAGCAUCAUCAGUGCGGGGCGCAACUCCUUCCUAUAUGCAAGAUCCUGCCAGGACCAGUGGCCCGAGCCCCGUAUCUAUGAUGAUGUUCCUUAUGAAAAGAUGCAGGACGAGGAGCCGGAACGUCCCACGGGGGCCCAGGUGAAGCGCCAUGCCUCCUCCUGCAGUGAGAUGUCCCACCGAGUGGAUCCACAGGUCAAAGUCAAGCGCCAUGCCUCCAGUGCCAAUCAAUACAAGUACGGUAAGAACCGAGCUGAGGAGGAUGCCCGGAGGUACCUGGUAGAAAAAGAGAAGCUGGAGAAAGAGAAAGAGAUGAUCCGCACAGAGCUGAUGGCACUGCGGCAGGAAAAGAGGGAGCUGAAGGAUGCCAUUCGGAACAACCCAGGAGCAAAGGUAAAGGUUCUAGAGGAGGCCGUGGCCAGCCUGGAAGCUCAGUGUCGGACAAAGGAGGAACGCCGGAUCGACCUGGAGCUGAGGCUGGUGGCCGUGAAGGAGCGCUUACAGCAGUCCCUGGCAGGGGGCCCGGCCCUGGGGCUCUCCGUGAGCAGCAAGAACAAGAGUGUGGAAACUGCAAAUAAACCCCAGAACAAUGCCUCAGAACAACCUGUCCCUGUCAACUGUGUUUCUGAGCUGAGGAAGAGGAGCCCGUCCAUCGUAACCUCCAACCAAGGAAGGGUGCUACAAAAGGCCAAGGAAUGGGAAAUGAAGAAGACCUAGAAAGAGGAUGAGGAUUUUAUCCAAAGAAAAUAUGAGCUUGUCCAUCUAAGGCGGAAAUGCUUUUUUCACAAAGAGACAUCAGAAGACUGGAAGUAGCCCCCACUUUCUGGGGCACCCAAAAGACCAGCCUUUAUUGUCUGCAUGAGAGGGGGAAUAGGGAGGGAAGACAUAGGAAGAAGGAAAUGGAGGGCAUCCCCAUAUAACUUUACAGAGGGUGGAAAGUGGGAGUGGAGGGAGACAGAAAUCCGCUCAGUUGUAAAAGUUUUGUUAAACGUCUUUGCCUUCCCUUCUGAAGAAGAAAUGAAAGCAUAUGUGAAUAAGCCACCCAUCCCAUUCUCAGCAUCCCUGUCCCGUCCUUCAGGCAAAGGAAGGCAGUGCUAAAGCACCAGUGGUGCGCAUAGAGACAAGACUUGAUCAUCUGAUCACAUUUGUGCCCACUGGAUUCAUGUUGGGCAAUACUGAGAGCCUCUGGGCAAGAUAAACAGGCUUAAAAAUCAACAGAAUUACCCCUGCUUGCAUAAAAGUGAAUGAAAGCUAUACAGAACAUGUAAACUCUACAAGCAUUCCUCAUCUGCUUAGGCAGAUGCAGCUACCAGAACCCCAGAUUUGAACUGUUUUCAAAUCUGAGAUCUGCCUAUGGAGCAGGCAAAGAGGUUCAGCAGGUGACAUAUUUCAAGCUCCGAGUGAUACUCAGUGACAGGAGCAUAGAUUUCUAAUGUCCACAAGAUAUCGCAGGCUUUGUAGGGUGGGGUCAUUUGCUGUCAGUCAUGUCCUUUACCUAUUUUUAUGACACUCAAGCUCCAGGAGCUAUGGUUAACAAUCUAAGUGACACUCUUUGUGUUUAUCCUUAUCUUGCUCUCAGAGGCCCACCAGUCUGCCCUUCCAUAUCGGCUAUGAAGUAAAACUAUCAGGGAGAACCAAGAGACGGUGGCUCAUUUCUGCAGCAUGAGUGCCUUUUACAAACACUUGAUACUUGUAUAGAGGAGCAAGGACCUCAAAUGCUGGACAGUCUCCUUACUGUGCCACUCGCUACUUUUUCAACACUGCAGGCACUUUAUAAGUCUUUGCCACAUUUCCCUCCAAUAAA